GCUUGCAAGUUAUUCGGCUGCCAAUUCAUCAUCCGUCGUCGUUUGAUGACAAACAGCACAAACCCACAAUCUCAAGGUUUCUCCAUUCUAUCCGUGAUCACUUCUCCAAACCCCUCACAAUGACCUUCAACUCCGAUGCUGCCGCUUCCAUAGUCCGCCUCAAUAUAGGUGGAAAAAAGUUUUGCACGACAAUUGAUACAUUGACACAGCGAGAACCUGAUUCGAUGCUUGCAGCGAUGUUCAGUGGUCGCCACACAGUUUGUCAAGAUUCUGAUAAGGGUUAUGUUUUUGUUGAUAGGGAUGGAAAACAUUUUCGGCAUAUUUUGAAUUGGCUGAGAGAUGGCGUGGUUCCUUCCAUGACAGAGGCUGAAUAUUCAGAGCUCUUGCGAGAGGCUGAAUAUUUCCAGCUUCUUGGGUUAAUGGAUGAAAUUAAUGCAUCUUUGGUUAAGAGGAAAGAGGAAACUGAAAUGGGUACUGAAUUGACACGCAUUGAUAUCAUUAAAUGCUCACAGUCUGAGAAGGUCAGGUUUCGAGGUGUUAAUCUCUCUGGGCUUGAUCUUUCUAAACUGGAUUUAUCAUUUGUGGAUUUUAGUUAUGCAUGUCUCAAAAAUGUGUUCUUUUCUCGUGCUAAUCUUCAAUGUGCAAAGUUCAGGGAUGUGGAUGCUGAAGCCUCCAUAUUUCACAAUGCCACUCUGCGUGAAUGUGAGUUCACUGGAGCAAAUCUACGUGGAGCUCUUUUAGCUGGUGCCAAUCUCCAGAGUGCAAACCUUCAAGAUGCUUGUUUGGUGAACUGUAGCUUCUGCGGUGCAGAUCUGCGAUCUGCACACCUACAGACUGCUGAUCUUACUAAUGCCAACUUGGAAGGAGCUAAUUUAGAAGGAGCCAAUUUGAAGGGUGCUAAGUUAACAAAUGCAAAUCUGAAAGGAGCGAAUCUCCAAAGGGCUUACCUACGGCAUGUAAAUCUCCGUGAGACGGAUUUGGAAGGUGCAAAACUUGAUGGUGCCAAUUUAUUAGGUGCAAUCAGGUAAUGAAUGAAGAGAUUUUGUGUUGGUUAACUCUGUGGUUUGUCAUAAUUUAACUUCUGUUGGUUUGCAUUAUCGUCGUUUUCAACACACUACCACCUAUUUCUUUGCUAUGCGUGCUUGCGUACCAGACGUAUCACUAAGUAUUGUGAUGUAGUAUCUUAACUGUCUUAUAAUGAUUUAUAUGGUUGCGUGGAGCGAUUCCUUACUA